AUGUCGAGGCCAUCCGCCACACGUAGUAAUGCCCGAUGGGGAUGGUGGCGCGCCUACUUCAUUGAUUGUCCGUUGUCUCAGGCUGACCCAAUUUUCCAUUUGUUCGGCAAAUCUGGCGCAAAAUCGACAAAGUCCGGCAAAACGAAAUGCUAUUGCAAAGCCUGCUAUGAAGUUGAAAUCGAGCAGUGCUGCCAGGCAGAAGCAGAACAACUUCGUCUGGGAUUUGUUGCAGCAGCCCGUAUGAAGGAUGAGCUCAGCAAGCAAAUAUACCGCUUCCGCCGCCAUGCAACUAUUAACUACGACGAAGAACUUGCCCUUUACGAGUUUCUGGAGCUGGACGCAGAUGGCGAGGAGGAUCCUGAGCUUGAUGGGGUCGCAGAGGAGGUUCUCGCAAACUAA